AGCAUCUCGAGUAAAAAUUCACCUUGUCUAUCGUUUUUUCUACACUGCAUUUUCAGACCGGCCAGUGCUUUUGUCAUUUACUUCCAAUCCCCCAAGUCCAAUCAUAGCCGGUACAGCCGUUAAUUUGACUUGCGAAGCAGCACCAAGUCCCAACGCUCCGUGGUAUAAUUUUGUAUGGCGUCGGAUCGGUAGUCGAAUACCACCUGUUCAUUCUACCGUAAGACUUUCCGACACAGUGUCAGUGCUUACGCUGACCGCCGCACGAUCGACAGACGAUGGAACAUACAGCUGCCGUGUUACGCGUGACCUGGACAGCAGCGGUUCUAUUUGGUGGAAUGAUGAAAAAUGGAAAGAUCUUGCCAUCGAAGGUAGACAGAAUCAAAACAAAGACACUGCGACCAGUUUUCUGGACAACAGAACACUCACUCCCGACCAGCUGAUUUUGAAGUUGGAUGUGUAUCACCCACCUGCAAACUUGACGUUCUCUACGGAUCCAAUCGGACCACAUCGAGUCGGUAGUACUGUGACACUUACCUGUCUCAUUCAUGGAGGAAAACCAGAACCAGUUAUAAAUUUCUAUCGUAUAACUGCCACAGAUGAUGAUUCGGUUUCCGCGUCACACAACCUACAAUAUUUCAAUCGCUCGGGAUCCCAAAACGAGAAGAUACGAAUUCGUCAUGGCUUGGCAACUCUGUCGUGGAUAGCACACCGGGAGGAUAACGGUAUAAAAUUCGGUUGCUCUGCAGCCAGUGUGGAGAGGCAGAAAAUUGCACAUUCUAUUCUUAAUCUGUUUGUCGAAUGCACCGAAUUAUUUUCAGUUCCCCCGGGACCCCCCAUCUUGACUGCGUUUCCACAAUCGGCCGUGAGUGAGAAUAGAACGCGUAUUUUCAAGUGCCGCUCGUCUAGUGGAAGUAACCCACCGGCCUUAGUGAAGUGGAAGCUAUACACUUCGGUUGAUUAUAUCACCAGUUCUGGGACGGGCAGUCCCAAACAACCCACUAUCUCAAGAGCUUUGGAUCGAUUGCUCUCGGGAACCAAGGAGGCACACGUGUUUGAUGCAUCGGAAAUUGAUGAUUUUCAAGCAGACGGUCGCCAAGUUACGAGUGCAUACCAAGGUACACAUCACCGGGACCCAAAUAACCAGGGCUUUAUAGCCUAUGGAGAGGCCCGCCUGGUCAGUCGACCGUGGUACAAUGGAGCUCGUGUAAGCUGCCACUUGGAUUGGCCUGUGAAAAACGUGCUAUCCAAUACGACCUCCAACGCCAACCAUUCAGAAGAGGAUUUGGAAUAUCUGAAGCCCGCUUACCUCACGACAGAAGUGUUUUUUGCCCCUUCAAUUGUCACGCUGAGUGUGGAUCCUCGAAAUGGCAUACAGGAAUUCAGUGGCCAACAAGUCAUCGAAUGCGCCACGACCUCCUCCAUCCCACAAGCUCAAAUCACGUGGUUGCGAAGACGACCGAAGCAAGUGGCGGCACAGGAAAACUCUACUCAGCCCGAAAAGCAAGCUGAAUCAAGUUGUUGUGGGACGCUUGAAGAUCCAUUGGAAACAUUCAAGGACGAUGAGAUUGUGGAGGAUGGAGUGAAUAUAGAUAUGCUCCCAGGAUUGUACGGUGGAAAACGUGUGGUGAGUCGGUUAACGUUGACCAACGUAUCCCGUGAUGAAGAUGGAACAAUAUUUGUAUGCAAGGUCACUCACGUGGAGUGGCUGAAAAGUAUCGGGCGUUUGUAUCAACUGGUCGUGCUCUACCCACCAACGAUGACGAUCAAUCUCGAGGCGCCUUCCCAGAUUGAGUCCCAAAUUCCAUCACAUAUUUCAUUGACAUGCGUUGCGACUGGUGGUUGUCCGGCAUUUCCAAACGUCUACGGUAUUACGAAUCGCUCCCUACUAGCUACGCACAAUUUUGUCGAUCAUUCGGUUGCGUGGAAGUUUUCUUGGACGUUCCACGCCACGUUCCCUCAUCCUUCAGAUGCUCAAGGAAAUGAGGUUUCUCGGAGCCUUUUGGAGAAUCACAUUCAUCCGGUGUUGGCGAUUCGGCAUCCAAAGAUAACCCAUUUCGGAGAAUAUACGUGCCAUUUGGAGGGACCUGGUGGUUCGACACACGUAACCAAGAUGGUUCAGUUUGCAUUCCCACCGGAAAUAGUCCCACAUGGUGCCACCGUGUUCACUGCAGCUGUGGGUUCACCCGUUGUGAUGGAAUUGUACGUGUGGACAUUUCCGUAUCCCACGAGUGGAAUUGCGAAAUACGAGCGGUACUUUACGCCCAACAAGCUUCCUUUUUGCCGUCAACCUGCUGGUCUACUGAGCAUAGCCAAUAAAGUGCGAGAGCAAUCUACGAACCACAGUUUCGUUUGGUUCAAAGUGCCAAAAUCGGAAGGCGUCACCAACUCAUUUGUCACUUCUAGACAGAUACUCUCCGUGAUCUCCCGAGGUCCAGUAACAAAUGCUCAAAAGUAUGAUGAUCGUCUUUGGAGUGACGUUAUCCUGGUUAAUUUUGCUUCUAACUACUUGGGACGUGCCACCAGUCUGCAGCAAAAUCAAAGUCUGAAGAAAAUACCUACGUUGGUUUACCGACUGUUUCUCACCUCAGUAGCAACAACGGACUACGGGGAUUAUAUGCUUGAGAUUGAACACCCUAGCGGACGCAAAACGUUCCUUGCUCGCCUCCAACCACCGGCGAAAAACCCACCAACUAGUUACAAAACGAUUACUACUCACUCGGUCCCAAACAUUUUCCAGUUGACUGAAAAAUACUUUGCUCAAUAUUUUGUCAAAGAAUGCACACAAACAACGGUAAUUAUUUGCCCCGUGCGUCAAAUCCGAGCAGCGAUGCGUCCAAACACUCCGAUUAAGACAGUCAUCAGGACCCUUGUGACAGAUGAAGUAUAUCAUAAACGAGAGAUCAGAACUCACUGCUUUUCACGUGCGCUUUUGAUCACUUGUGUGUGUUUACUUCCAGCGUCAUCCGAAUAUAACACCUACAAGAUAGAAUUUAGGCGAACAGGUGCUACCGUACAACUUCGAUUUGAUCCAAAGUUUAUGAGAGCCCAAAUGUACAUGCCUCACGCGGGCGAGAAUAGAGUGAUUCAGAAUCAACUGCAACCUGCAAACAAACGCGAAACCCCAUCGAUUGGGUCGGACAAAGACAGCAUUUCUCGUAUACUACUACGCGUAUGUACACUUCCUGCACCUAAAUCCAUGGACAGCAGUUCAAACGGAAACUGUGAUGAUCAGGUCAGCGUUUACGCGCAAACAAAUGAACCACUGUUGGAGUCAUCCUCUUCCGGAGAACCAGUAGAUCCCCCAGUGUGCGUUGACCGUCUGCUUGAGCAACCGGAGAAAGGACUUGCAACCGUUCAUCUGCUAUCUACAGAAACAUAUCACCCAUCACCUGCUGGCUCCCCGUGGUACUUUCAACAGCCACUCGGUCCAGGACAAGAUGAAAGAAUCAGAUCAGGAUCCGGCGAUCCGGUUAGACGUUCCUUGUUGGUAGUCUCUCGAGGCCGGGACCAUACUUUAUCAGAAUAUCCCGACAGGCCUAAAAGUUAUGAGAUUGACUGGGCACAGGUCGCGCGCCUGACAUAUCAGUUCCGGUUUUAUAAUGCUUACGGUGGCCUCCUGAGAAGCACCGAAUGGUUUUAUGAAGAUUCUGCUUCGCCAAUGAAGUCUCAGUCUAUGGAAAACGCGACCAGCAACAAGCCCUCUCUUGGUCUACUACUCUGGCUACUUCUAGUUGCUAUGCUCCUGAUUGCCGCAUGUUCCAUCAGUCUCCUUCUGAUAAUACACCGAAAACGUAGAAGAAAACGCGAAAUCUCCAUGGUGGUGGAUCACCGCUGCAUGUCUUUGAAAAAUGCGCUCGAUGGUGACAGAAACGAGUUAUUCGAUCAACAAUCUCACAACUGCCGGAUUGACAAUUUCUACGUCGCAAAUGCAUCCGUCGUAGACAGCCCAUGUCCCAUCAUCGGAAGAAGGGAAAAGCUGACCAGCAAGGUACUGCCCAAAACCACGCAGUCAGCUGUGGCAGACAGUGCAAAUGAGAGUAUGUGUUCCCCAACGGGCUCUUUCCAAUUCCUGCCAACACUAAUUUCAAAAGGAAGUCCAGCUUACAAAGCUGACGGUUUGUCAAGUGGCAUUGAACAUUCGCCGGAUCCAAAGGUGUGGCGUGCGUGUCACAUGAGGCCUCGACACAAUUCAGCGGAUGAGACGGAUUCGAUUAUUUUCUCUCACGAAUUGGCUCAACUUGUCUCUGGAUCUGGAAAUGCAACAAGCAUGGCAAGCCCAUUUCUAGCUAAUAGACGUCACCAUCCUUCACCGAAGAUGCAAUUAAGUCCACACUUAACAGUACGGUUUAAUAAUCCUAUUUCCGGAGUGGUGGGGCCAUUGCACAUUCAUAACAAGUGCUUCCCUGGAAGACCCAUUCAUGCAUGCACCAGUCAGCUUGUACCCGAACUAAGCCUUCUACCACUGACACCAACACCUUGUCGACCAGCGGAUAUAUCUCCUUACAAGCACAUCACAAAGUCCUACACAGAAUCACCAGUUAGUUCGCCAGUACAGCUUUCACGCCUACAUGCCCCACCAACCAAACCGGGGUCCCCAUUUGAUACCGAACGCUAUCGUCAUGACACUUCUCUGUUUAGCCGCAAAAAAUCAAUGAUUACGUCAAUGAACGGUACUGAGCUUGGGCUUCUUGGUCAUAUCGAAUGUAAUGGUGAGAAGCUGAGAUCACAAGUCGGACUAAACGACCGAGAUAGCGACCUCCUUGGGAUCCCUACAAUGCAUGAAUCCCACCAUUCCACCUUUUGCACCCAAAAUCCGUGUUGCUUGGACUACUCAUUUUCCGGAACAAAUGUGGAUCAACCUCCUGCUGUGAUCGGUGACGGCGAAGGCUUGAUGAGUAACACGGAAACCGUGAGAAUGGGGACAUUGCAACGAAAGUCGAAACCAAAGAGUCCACUGAACAACCGUUCAGCGGCAGUUGUGGAUGAUAUAAUCAUGAACAGGUCCACACACAUACCGUCUGAAAUACACUUCGUUCGAUCAUCGCAAAAGUCAGAUCAGCACUCGGCAUCUCCAAACCCCAGCCCAUAUGACAAUCAGUCAGCUCAAACCUUUCCUUCAGUAGAUUGAAACUUCACGG